CCCUUGUUUCCUUCUUUCAGCUACCUUCUGGGCGAGGAACUCUUGCUGGUUAUAGAGUACAUGGAUGGAGGUGUCCUGAGCGACAUCGUCAGCCAGACCUGCCUGUCUGAAGAUGAGAUGGCAGCCAUCAGUUGGGAGUGCCUGCAAGGACUGGAUUUUCUUCAUGCAAACGAAGUGAUCCAUCGAGACGUGAAGAGUGACAACAUCCUUCUCAGAACGGACGGUUCUGUCAAACUGGCUGAUUUUGGCCUCGCUACUCAGCUCACCCCUGAGCAGAGCAGACGGUGCUCGGUAACCGGGACUCCUUGGUGGAUGGCGCCUGAAGUGGUGACAGGUCAACCAUAUGGCCCCAAAGUGGACAUAUGGUCUUUUGGAAUUGUGGGAAUUGAAAUGAUAGAACAAGAACCUCCUUACUUGGGCAAAAGUUCUGGCACGGCUACAUACCUGAUAGCCACAGUAGGGACUCCACAGCUGCAGCAGCCCAAGCUCCUCUCGGCUUUGCUGCGUGACUUCCUGAGCUGCUGCCUGCAGACAGACGAGGAGCAGCGCUGGUCUGCCAAGGAGCUCCUGCAGCAUCCAUUUGUAACUUCAGCCAAGCCACCAUUCAUCCUGGCACAAGUCAUCAACUCAGUGAAGAAGACGAAUAACCCUAACCCUAAACUCUAAACCUAAAACCUAACCCUAACCUUAAAUGCUAACCCAAACCCUAUCCCUAUCUCUAUCCCUUAUGCUUUCCCUUACCCUUUCCCUAACCCCAACCCUAAGCCUAAGCCAAAGCCUAAACCUAAACCCAAAC